AUGAACAGUGUGCCAGAUGGAGAUGAGACACAAGCUCAAAGUGUAUGGGUUGAAAUAAUUGUCUGUGUGGGUGCUCUCCAUUGCGGGUUGAGUCCACGACGCCUAGACCACCCGGCCCAUGCCGAAGGCUUUAAACUGCAAAUUGAAGGUGAAGGUGUUGAAUCUCCAUCCAUUAAAAACAAAAAUAUCCAGAAGGUGCUGGACCAAAAAGGAACCCCCAGGCGAUUGCAGGCAGAAGCCGAGAUGGCAAAGUCUGCAACAGUGAAGCUGUCAAAACCAGUGGCUCUGUGGACCCAGCAGGAUGUCUGCAAGUGGUUGAAGAAACAUUGUCCGAAUCAGUAUCAAAUCUACAGUGAGUCAUUCAAACAGCAUGACAUAACUGGGCGGGCCCUACUGAGACUCACUGACAAGAAGCUGGAGCGGAUGGGAAUUGCCCAGGAGAACCUCCGGCAGCACAUUCUACAACAGGUGCUCCAGCUGAAGGUGCGAGAAGAAGUCCGAAACCUACAGUUACUCACACAAGGUAGCGUGCUGCUUGCUGGAGGGGGGAUGGAAGGGGAGAUGGGAACAGAGCAAGCCUUACUGAUGUGACAAAGCCUCGCCAGGGUGAAUUUGGUCUCAUUUCUUUGCAUUCUUUUCCUUGGUGUGAAAGAAGAGAUGAAAACAUGCAUAUGA